AUGGUUCAUAUACCACAGCGCCAGGGGCUCUGCGUGCUCACGCUCUUCGCCACAGCUCCGUUGCUUGGGCUCGUGGCUGCCCACCCCGAGGAACUCACACAAGAGAGGGUGCAAAACAUCGCCAUCAUCGGAGCUGGUGCGGCUGGAUCUUCCGCUGCAUACCAUCUUCGGCGGUUCGCGGAGGAUGAGGGGGUCCCCAUCAACGUAACAAUCUUUGAGAGCCGAGGCCGAGCUGGAGGCCGCACGCGGACGGUGAAUGUCUACGAUGACCCAUUGCAGCCGGUGGAACAAGGGGCGUCCAUCUUUGUUCGUGUCAACACAAUCUUAUAUGACGCGGUCCAGGAGUUUGGCCUACAGCUCGUCAAGGACGAUGAUGGCGUUGAAGAGCGGCUGGUGAUCUGGGAUGGGGAGACGUUUAGAUAUGAGCAGAACGAGGGAUCCUCAAAAUGGUGGAACUAUGCCAAGCUCUUUUGGAAGUAUGGCAUGACUCCCCUCAAGGCGAAAAGGCUCGUGGACUCCACCAUCGGUCGGUUCUUGGAGCUGUACGACGAACCCCAUUUCCCUUUCACAUCACUUACACAAGCCGCAAUCGAUCUUGACCUUGUCAAGCUAACGGGGAUCACUGGAGGGCAAUUCCUCCAAGAGAGUGGUAUUGGCCUGGACUUUUCUCGCGACAUUAUCCAGGCGGCUACGAGGGUCAACUAUGCGACAAACUUGGCUCAUAUCCACGGGCUAGAGGCCAUGGUCUCAAUGGCCCCAGACGGUGCAAUGCAAGUUGCGGGAGGUAACUGGCAGAUAUUCGCCAACAUGGUCAGGGCCAGCAACGCCAGUUUCCUUUACGAGACGGCAGUUACCUCGCUUGAACUUCAAAAGUCUAGCACUGUCGACAACGCAGCGCCGAAAUAUAUACUCUCGACAAAGGCAACGGGGCCUCGGGCCCGGGGAGACAGCAAGGCUGAGCCGGGGUCGGACGCUGCCGGGAAGGCCGGUUUCUUCUCGGUGAGCACCCUCAGAAGGGUCAAGAACCCAAAGACAAGGCAGACGGAGUACCUCUACAAGGUAUUCUCCCCAGAGGUUGUGGAUCCAGAUUUCCUCUCGAGACUUCUCGGCGUUGAGGUGCCAUCUACCUUCACAGGACGGGGUCCUACCACCGAUGAUGAGCCGAUCUCGUGGUACCACCCCACGUGUUUAACUCGCAACGGCCUAUACUACACAUCGGGGAUCGAGAGUUUCAUCUCGACCAUGGAAACGAGUGCGUUGAUGGGGAAGAAUGUGGCGAAACUCAUCGUCAAUGAGCUAGCGGGCAAAGAUGAGGCAUUGGGCGGUAGUCAGAAGGGUUCUUCCGAGGAUGAUGCGUCUUCCUCAUCCCCAGGUCCUCAAGAUGAACUCUAA